AUGCUGCUGCUGCCGCUCAAUUACGGCAAGGGAGUUGCCAUUGCUCGUGGCAAUUCAUCAUAUGCAAUCAUAAAUACGGCGGAUCUUUGUCGCAUCAGCCCAAAGACACGUGAUUUAUUUCUAAGUCUAUUGGGUGUGCUCUUCCUUUUCGCCUUUGUGGGCAAUGUGAGCACGUUGUUUGUCAAUGGACGACGCAAGAUGCGCGCAUUCUAUCGCGCCAGCCUCAUACUCUUGGCCUGCAGCGAUCUCUUGAGCUGCGUCUUCUCCAGCGUAGCCGAUGUGGCGCUAUUUACAGCAGAGUUUAUGGAAAUAUGGACUUUAUGCCGUUUCAUGUGCAUGUUUGUGCCGUUUAUAACAACAGCCACUACUUUAUGUAGUGGACUCUUGCUGGUGGCCAUAGCUCUGGAUCGUUAUAUUGUCAUUAAGCGCGCUGUGCAAAACGCUUGCAGCUCUGGAUUCUGUUUCUAUGGCGCCCACAUUGCGGGCAUAUCGAUUGCAUCCCUGGGAUUUGCUGUGCCGCUGCUGUUCAUGUAUGAUCUAAAUCAUGUUUACCUAAUGCAGCCGGAUCAACAGCCUGGCAGUGAACUUGAGCUCGCCGGCAUUUGCACUCCCAUGCGCGGUUCCAUCGGCCUCUACUACGUGAUAUUGUUUGUGCUCAUCUUUCUGCCCUGCAUUGUGGCCUUUCUAUUUCUCAACGCCACCAUUGUCUAUCAGCUGUGGCUGCGACGUCAUCAGCUGCAUCAGCAGCAGCAGCAGCAGCCGGCGCAGCAGCGCUUCGAGCAGCUGCUCAGCCAGCCGCAGUUGGCGUACAGCCUGAUGAGCAGCUUUAAUGUAGCUACAGCCUUUGAUCCGCACUUGGACAAGUGGACGGUGCUGCGUCUGCCGACGCCGCUGCCUGCGCCAACAGCAGCGCCGCUGAGUCCUGCGUCUGUAGCGCGCCUGACGCGCCAUCGCCGCAUGAUUCAUGUGGUGCUGCUAAUGAUGGCGGCGUUUCUCUGCCUGCGUCUGCCCAAUUGGAUAUUUUUGCUGAUGCGUCUCUAUGGCUCCUUCACCACCAAGACUGACUGGCUGCUCUUCUGUGGCUUUGGACUGCUCAAUUUGGCCUGCUGCGCGCUCAAUCCACUUUUCUAUACAUUUCUGCCUCAAACGAUUCGCGUGCUGUCGCAGCUGAAGCAACUGCUGCGUCGCCUCUGCUGCAGUGGCUCUCAAACUGUAGAGGACAUGCCUGAUGAGCAACAGGCAACUCAACUCUGCUGCUGCCUGCAGUUCAAUUGGCGCUGCCGCUCUGGCCUGGAGCAAGCAGCCACAGUUCAAGCUGUGGCCAUAAUUGAACUCCCAGCGGACUCUGUGGAUGGCAUAGAUAACAAUUUAUUUAGCCUGGGCACACAGCAGCGAUUAAACUUUAGUCUGAGCAGUGCGUCAAUUGAAUUAUCAUAUAGCUAAUCAAUCUUAUUGUUCAUAUGUGGCCUGACUAAUUAUGAAUUGAUUAAUCAGAUUUGUUAUUGAGCAAGCCUUGCAG